AUGACCCAGGAGGAGGCGUUGCUGUCCUUCGGGUCUCCUCGGCAUGGCUUCUCCGUGCACAGCCACAGCUCCGUGGACGAGCAGAGGCUGGAAGAGCAGGGCGGCAAAAAUGCAACGGAGCUGCUCGCGUUCUACCGCCAGCGGUGCGAGCAAUUCCACGCCGAACGGGAGCAAACGCUGGCGCACUUGGCACAAAUCGAGAUUGCAGACUUGGAAGAGUCUUUAAAGAAAGCAAAUGCCGCCUUAUUCCAGGUGAAAGCAGAGCUAAUCGACCUCCAGGCGGAGAACAAGACGCUGAAGCUCCAGGAGCAGGACGACCGACAGAAGAUUCAGCACUUACUGGCGCUCACGCAGCCCAUUACAGAGCAGGUGACGUUCUUCAGAGACUGUCGACCUGGAACAAGGACGACGUACCCUUCCGGACGAGCACCGACACCUACGACGUACCCGUACCCGUCUACGAUGCACAUUGGCUCGGAAGAUAUGCAGGAGAGGAGGAAGAAGAAGAAGCAGCAACAGUCGUCUUUUGUAGUGAGAGGGAAUGCACCGAGUCUCAAGAACAUUAAUCAGGGCAUUCUGCCUAGUAAGGUGUUGCGGACCGUGUACAUGCCCAAUGAGCAGACGGCGGCGCUGACGAAGACCAUCGAGAACCUGCAGAAGCAGCUCGAGUCGCACCAGGAACUGACCGAGACGCGUAUUCAGGCUCUGCUGGAUGGGUUUGCGCAGGAGAAGGCUACAAUGUUGCUGAAUCAGCAGCAACUUGAGGAGAAAAGCAGUCUGUUGGAGCAGCAAGUGGAGAAGACAAAGCGAGUUUUAACACAAACCACCAAGGAUUACUUGGUAUUGCGACACAAGUCUCAGGAGACUGAGCGCCUUGCACACGAGGAGAUCUUCCAGGUGAAGCAAAAGUGCGAAACUCUGGUGACAGAGAAGAUCAAGAUGACGGAGAAGGUGCGCGAGGAGACUCAAGCUCUUCGGGAAGUUGUUCGCGAAGAAGGCAACCAGACCGUGCUCGAGUUCAGGAACCAGGCCCUCUCUCGAGAGCGGGAUCUGCACAUUUUGAAGGAGCAAUAUGCAGCCAUGCAGGAAGCAUGCACGAAACGAAUCCAGGAUCUGCAGGAGAUCGCAGCUUUGCAACGGCGCAUGAUGGAUCUGUCCGCCGACCUCGCGGAAGCGUAA